UGAGAGGGCUCGGUGCGGAGGGAGGCAGCAUGGACGGUGCCGGCGCGGAAAGGCGACCGCCGCCCCCCGCUGUGAUGGAAGCGGACUGCGGCGCCGGCGAAGGCUUCAUCAGCGUCCGGAAGCGGAAGCGGCGGGGCGUUGGCAUGGAGACGAGCGGGGCGCCGAGGAAGCGGCCCGAUUUCCCACCUCUUCGCGGCGAGGCCCUUGGGGGUGGAAAAGAUGAAAUGAGGAAAAUUCCAGUGCCAGCAAACAGAUACACACCUUUGAAAGAGAACUGGAUGAAAAUUUUUACUCCAAUUGUAGAACACUUGCAGCUUCAAGUUAGAUUUAAUUUAAAAACAAGGAAUGUAGAGAUAAAGACUUGUAAAGAAACGAAAGACAUAAGUGCUUUGACAAAAGCAGCUGAUUUUGUGAAAGCUUUUAUACUUGGAUUUCAAGUUGAGGAUGCACUUGCUCUCAUCAGAUUAGAUGACCUUUUCCUAGAAUCAUUUGAAGUAACAGAUGUUAAGCCUUUAAAAGGAGAUCACCUUUCUCGAGCAAUAGGAAGAAUUGCAGGGAAAGGUGGAAAAACAAAAUUCACUAUUGAAAAUGUAACAAGGACGCGAAUAGUCCUUGCAGACUCGAAAGUUCAUAUUUUAGGUUCUUUCCAGAAUAUUAAAAUGGCACGAACAGCAGUUUGCAAUCUCAUCUUAGGAAGUCCUCCAUCAAAGGUGUAUGGCAAUAUUAGAGCCGUCGCCAGUAGAGCAGCAGAAAGGUUUUAAGACCAAGGACGCUGAUUCAGCACUGUAGGGUUUUCUACACAAGAAAUGACCCAUACACAGAAGUGGAAUCACAAGAACAAACACAGUAAUUCCCAUAUCCAUCACGGCAGUAGAGAAGAGCUGCUGAAGCGGUGUUCAAAAUCAGGCAUACUAUCAAAUUGUUAAACAUAUUUAAGUGAAGUCUGUAUAAUAAAAGGUGGCUCGCUGGGUUUUACUCUAGCUAA